GAAGGAGGGGACAGAGUGAAGAGAGAGAGAGGUGGUGACCGUCUGAACAGAGGUAGUCUUUUAUUCUCAGUGCUAUAACCACAGAGAGAGAGAGAGAGAUACACACUUGCUUGUCCACAGUGGCGGGCAGUGAGCGGAAUCGAGAGAGAGGGAAACAGACAGAUGAGAGUCACAUAGCGUGAGGAGGGGGAGUCCGAACACAUCCGUCUGCUCUAGGAAGUGCAGACCUUUGAUGAGCCUCUGACCAACCAGCUUUUGUUUUUUUUUGCUUUCAACAUGAAGAAAAAGGACUCUAGCUUUCGGCCCUAGUGGAUAUCAUAUACGCUGUUGAAGCAAAACAUUUUCAUGGACUUUACUACAAUUAUAUGGACUGCUUGUACCUUCGUUUAUGUUCAUUUUACAAAAGACAACAAAUGGUUCUCAUCUGCUGGAAAAAUAUUGAAAGGAAGCAGACUGCAACAUAUUAAGAAGCAUCGCUUGUCCACACAAAGUUGAACGGAUUGAACAAGAUUAUGGAGUUCUUCUUUAUUUUUCUGAGGAAACUGUGCGAAAUGAUUUGUUGGACCGCACCGUAUGCACACUCAUGACUACCCUGCACUGUGAAAAGGACUGUAUACCUGUGUGUUUGAGGGUGUUUGUGGCUUUGUGCGAGUGUUUGUGUAUGCCCACAGCGGCAUGACACCGUGGAAGUGAGAGGGGAAGACAUUUCUGGACCAUUCUUUCUUGACAAUGACACUUCCAGCAGGCGUGGCUGCAAGUUCCUGUCUUUGUCCUCUUGUGGUUUUCCUAUGUGUUGUCUCCCAGAGUUGUUAUGGGACCCGGGUCGAUCUGAGUGCCCACACUAACCCCAGCCUGUACCCUAAUCCGCGGCUCAAGUCACUGCCAGAACCAACCCCACUGCCAAGCUCCAUUCCUGAAAAACACAUGUCUCCAGUAAAUCCCAGCCAGCACUCAAGCUUGAGCAGCAACCACUGGAGCAAGACUCAGCUGAAGCCUUGGCUUGAAACAAUGUCCUAUCUUACUGACAAGCAUAAGGCACACUCAAACUUACCAUCAUCAAUCUCCCCGACCACAUCAAACUCAAACGGAAGACUCAAGCUGGAGCAUGCACCCAAACAGAGUUCUAAUUCAAGGCAAAAUUCUAAUCAGGUGGCAAGAUAUACCUUAAACAAUCCCAAGCAAUUUUCAAACAUCAACCCCAGAACCAAUCCACCACCAAAGCCCAAGGCAUUCUCCAACUCUAAAGCAGAGUCCGGGCCAAAGACAAAUUCUGAGUCUGUCCCCAACACUAAAUUAUCUUUACUACCUAGUCCUAAUCAAACAUCUGACUCAUCCGACACAAUCAACCCCAGCACCUACUACAACGCCAGCCCUCCUACACUAUCUAAUCCUAGAUCUCAUUCCAAAUUCCGAAUUUCACAAAUAAAUACAAAUGCAAAAUCUAACUACAAGAUCUCCAACCCAAACUUCAGAGCAUCCAUAAGAGUACAGAAUAACGAGACCAAGUUCCUGGGGACUGACAAGGACUCCCCUUAUCGACCCAAGAGAGGCUGGAUCUGGAACCAGUUCUUUGUUCUGGAGGAACACAUCGGGCCUGAACCUCAAUACGUUGGAAAGCUCCACUCCAACUCUGACAAGGGUGAUGGAUCUGUGAGCUACAUCCUGUCUGGUGAGGGGGCCGGGUCUAUCUUCCUCAUUGACGAGACAACGGGUGACAUCCACGCAGCAAAGAGCCUGGACCGUGAGAGGAAGUCCCAGUAUGUCCUACAUGCAAAGGCCAUCGACUGGCGGACAAACCGGUCCCUGGAGGCGGAGUCAGAGUUUAUCAUCAAGGUCCAGGAUGUCAAUGAUAAUGCUCCAACUUUCCCUGAUGGACCAUUCUCAGCAACUGUUCCAGAGAUGUCUGACGUUGGAACGUCAGUUUUGCAAGCGACAGCCUCAGAUGCAGAUGAUCCGACCUACGGGAACAGCGCCAAGAUAGUUUACAGCGUCCUGGAGGGACAGCCCUACUUCUCUGUUGACCCCAAGACAGGUAUCAUCCGUACUGCGACGUCCAACAUGGACCGUGAGACCAGGGACCACUAUGCUGUGGUGAUCCAGGCCAAAGACAUGGCGGGCUCAGUCGGAGGACUCUCUGGAUCGACUACUGUCAACAUCACCCUCACUGACGUCAAUGACAACCCUCCAAAGUUUCCUCAGAAGAGCUACCAGCUGUAUGUACCAGAGCUGGCUCCUGUGGGGAAGGCAGUGGGUCAGAUCAGAGCCAACGAUGAAGAUGAAGGGCAGAACGCUGAGAUGAGCUACAGCAUCACUAAUGCCGACGCAGCUGCCAUCUUCACCAUCAUCACUGAUGCUGACCGCAGGCAGGGAAUCAUCUCACUCAAGCAGCCUCUGAACUAUGAGAAGAGAAAAGUUCACACUCUCAACAUUGAAGGCUCCAACACUCAUCCAGACUCCCACUUCUCCCACCUGGGGCCAUUCAAGGAUUCCACAUCGCUGCGAGUCAUUGUGGGCGAUGUAGAUGAGCCUCCCGUCUUCUCCAUGGACUACUACAUUUUGGACAUGUAUGAAAACUCACCUGCCGGUACCCAGGUUGGCACUAUAACUGCUGUGGACCCUGAUAGCACCAACAGCGCCAUCCGGUACUUCAUAGAAAACAAAGAGGAAAGGCCUUUGAAUUUUAGCAUCGGGGUGAAUAGUGGCAUCAUCAGGACGACUCAGGUUCUGGACCGGGAGGAGACUGCGUGGCAUAACAUCACUGUGAUGGCUGCAGAGGUUGAUAACCCUCGUAUGGUGAGUCACGUUCCAGUCACCAUCCAGGUCCUGGACGUCAAUGACAACAUUCCAGCCAUCUCUGGGAGCAACAGUGCUGUUAUAGUGUGUGAGAGCACCAAAAAUGGACAGGUGAUUCAGACCAUCCGAGCAGCAGAUCUUGACAACUUUGCAAAUGGAAGGUUUUCCUACUAUGUGCCUGCUGGGCUUCCAGCCACUCCAAAUUUUACUGUGAAGGACAACGGAGACAACACUGCCAGCAUAAUAUCUCAUCGGCAGGAGGGCUUCAGCCAGGACAGAGACCAGGAGUUCUUCAGCCUGGUGCUGGUGGUGGCUGAUGGUGGGGAGCCUCCUCUCAGCAGCACUGCUACACUCUCUCUCAGGGUGUGUGUGUGUCAGAGGAACAGCAGGGGGCGCAACAGCAACGUCUGUCUGGCCCAGGCCUUCCUGUCCUCAGCUGGUCUCGGCACUGGGGCUUUUGUGGCCAUAUUACUUUGUAUUGUCAUAUUACUAUCCCUAGUGAUGAUAUUCAAUCAGCUACGAAAUAAGAAAGCAAGCAAGGAGCCCUUGAUUCUUUCUGAAGAGGACAUCCGAGAAAACGUGGUCACCUACGACGACGAGGGAGGCGGGGAGGAAGACACAGAGGCCUUUGACAUUGCAGCACUUCGAAAUUCUCAAGCAUCUGAAGACCGAAGGAAGUUCUACACCUACCUUGGCUACGGACCAAGCCCAUACGGAGAAGAGAAUGAGAACGAGGAUGACAAGGUUGAGGAUGACGAGGAGGGGAUCACGGUGGUAAGAAGGAGUAAAACCCAGGAGGUGGAUUAUGGGAACUACAGUCCAGAGCUAGAAACUACAUGGUUUGUGAUUGAUUGCGUUCCUCGAGAGAUCACCCAGUCGGAGCCUUCGCUUCUCCUGGAUGAUCAGGACAUGAUUCAGAGGAUCAUCCAGCAGAAGAAGGCCAAAGCAGACUCUGACACACGGGGGCCACCGUAUGACUCACUUCAAACAUAUGCCUUUGAAGGCCAGGGGUCCUUGACCGGGUCAGUCAGCUCUUUGGGCCUGACUGCGGCAAUGCCUGAACUAAACUAUGCCUUCUUGGAAGACUGGGAGCCAGAGAGGCAAACACUGGAACGAAUUGUUGGGGAGCAACUGGCUACAGAUCAAUCUAACCCUGACACCUAAAGAUAACUAAUAGGGAGUUUUUUUUAACUUUGGCUAGAUUUGUUGAAACAGAUUGCAUUUUACUUGUGCCAUUUAAACCUGGGUGCAGGGAUGCAAAAUGACUACUGCAAAAACACUGUCAAUUAAAAAAUGUGAUAUCAAAUCAGAGGAUAAGAAAAGCCAUGUAUGUGUACCAGGAGAGAAGAACACACAGGCUGACGAGAGACUUUGGCAAACACAUCCUAGUGUUUUGCUGAAACGAGGGACAAAAUCGAUACUGAUGGAAGACCAGGGUUUUAACAUGACAGGUCAAUUUGCAUAUGGUUUUCUCCCUCUGCUCUGCUUGAUGUGUUAGUUAAAAAAGGUACAGCUACUUCUUGGCCCAAAGGAUUCUGGCCUUGAACUUCACUGUUGCUGAAACAUUUCAAAACUGUUUCACAGGUACCCUGGAGAUGAAUACCAAAUUGGCUUGAAGUACGAUGACCCAGUGUUGAAGGGUCACGUAACCAAUCAUCCAAUGUCUUGAAAUAGGGGGGAAAUUAAGUUGUAUUGAUUCAAUUGAUUUGUUAUUCAUAAAAAAAAAGUAAGUGAUACAUGUGGUAUCAUUAAAGAAAGAUUUAGAGAAAGCUGAUGGCGGAAAGUGCAUAAGUUGCAGAUGAUCUAAAGGCCAUAGAAAGCUACAGGCCCCUCCCUUGUUAAUUGGUUGAUUCAUAUUAUUGACUCAUUCUUUAAGGUAAGUGUUUGCAUGCGCAUAGCAACAUCAGCACCCUGAAGCAUCAGCUUCCCAGAUGUGGAUUAGUGAAGGUUAGCUACUGUUUCAUGGUCAUGCUCUGAGCCUAAAACUUGUCACUUCUCCACUUAACUUUUUUAAAAAAACGUAUCCACCGCUAGAACUGAACAAUCCAUAACCGAAGCCAUAAUAAAUAGAAACUAUACUUGUACACCACAAUCACUAUCAACCAAAUAAUUCUCCCCCAACUGUUUUGAAAAUUGUGCUGGUCCGUCUGCAGCUUUUUCUCUUAUUUCAUAGGAACUCUUCAUUAGCUGCAGAGACCAUGUUAAACAAGCCUGUGAUAUAUGUUGUGGGGGUGUACAGAGGAGUUGUCUCUGUGUGCCGCUCUUCUCACUAUACAUGCAUCCACUGUGAAUGAUCACAGCUGAAUAUUCUAUUAUACAUUUCAGUCAAACGUGAUGACCCUGAGACAGGCCCUUGUUGAUUAUUGGAACAACAACCAUUUUUAAAACUAAAUAAAGACAAAAUGUCUAAUGCACAAUUAGUCUGAUGCACAAUUGAAAAGGAGAAAUGGGCCUGACCGGUGUCAUUUGUGUGAUAUCGUUUGGUAGGCAAAUGAAGUAAGUAAGUGGUCGUGGGGACAGGCUAUAAAUAAACAGAGGCUUUGAUAUUGUUAUAUAUUUUCUUUCCCUCAUAUGUGAACACACAAGUUUACACACC